CACUUAACUAGUUUUAAGUGUUUAUUCACAAUAUGGGGCGGCCCCAAACAGACCCUUCUUCAUCCCCCUACCCUCCUCAACCACAAACCAAUCCACCACCCCAGCCCCAAGAAAACUUUCAGCCACCUCCACAACCAUACACAACCCCAGCUUACCCCCCAGAAAAUCUCUCUACAAACCCUCAACCUUCUCCACCACCUCCUCAGCCGGUGGCUUUUCCGCCACCGAACCAACAACCUGCCCUGCAGGCGUUUCCCCCACCGGAGGGUUAUGCACCGCAGCCUGCGGCUUACCCUGCCAGGCCAUUUCCUCCAGCUCCCGGAUGUCCCAUGCAGAUGCCCGUCCACCUGCCUCCGGCGAUGUACGGGCAGAGACCUGCAACCGUGCCUUGGUCUUCCGACAUCUUCAGUUGUUGCGACGAUCCGAUGAACGCACUUAUUACCGCUCUUUUCCCAUGCCUGACUUUCGCCCAAAUUGCGGAGAUAGUGGAUGAGGGUCGCACAACGUGCACUACCAGUGGGAUCAUGUACGCGGGUAUCGCCUGUUGCAUUGGCUUGCCGUGCCUCUUGUCGUGCACAUAUCGGACUAAGCUUAGGGCCAAGUAUGAGCUCGUCGAGGCCCCGGCUCCCGAUUGGGUCUCGCAUUUCCUGUGCGAGUGGUGCGCGUUGUGUCAGGAGUACCGGGAACUCAAGAAUCGGGGUUUCGAUCCUGCCCUCGGAUGGCAUGGAAACAUGGCUCUCAUGCAGCAGCAGCAGCAGGCCCAAGCUGCUAUGAAGCCACCAAUGAAUCAAACCAUGUACAACAACUAGGCCUUCUAUUGCUUGUGCUGUGCCCUUUCAUAUUUUUCUUUGGAAUUUUUCACUACAAGCUUCUUCUUCUUUUUUGUAUUUUUUCCCCUUUUUCGUUUGAGAUGAAUGCGUUGUAUUAUUGUGCUCUAUACUUUCUAAUGAAGGUAUAUUUGUGCUGGGAAAGUUUACUUUCCUUAAAUUAAUAAAAUGACUUUCUUUUGUGAUCUUAA